AUGCCGCCCAUUCCGGUCAUUCACACCCUCCCACCACUCAGAUAUCUACUUUCGCGGGCGGCCCACAUCUCGUCGCGCGCGCAUCCCCUCCCCGUCACCCCCGUCGCCUUUCCCAUUCCCGUCACCUCCUCCCCGUCGACUUCCAUCCUCGUCGCCUCUCCUCCUUCUCACAUUCCAUCUCCUUCCCAUCGCCUUCCAUUCUGUCGCCUCCUCCCCGUCGCCUUGCAUAUCCAUCGCCACUCACCCCCGUCGCCUACCCCGCCGUGUUUCCCCUCUCCUCCCCGUGGCCUCAACCCCUGCUCCAUCCUUGCUCGCCUCCUUGCUUCCUUCCUCAUUCCUCGUCCAUCCCUUCCCCGCGGUGACUCAAAAGUCUUUCCCCGCUCCUCCCUUUCUCCCGUGCUCUCUUCAUCCCGUCGUCCCUUACUACCUCCCUCGCUCGCUUCAGCUUCAUCAGAUGUGCCUUGCGCAUACCCUUCUCUCGCCCCAUCCUCACCCCACCCUCACCCCACCCUCACCCCACCCUCACCCCACCCUCACCCUACCCUCGCCCCACCCCCACCCCACCCUCACCCCACCCUCGCCUCCUCUUUCCAUUCCCUUUCCCUUCCCUUCUUCCUUCUUGACCCCUUCACAUCCCCUUCCCUCCUCUCUUCUCUCCUAUUUGUCCCAUUGACAGGCGUGCGGACACCCACGUCUCUCUCAACCAGCAACACGCUCUGCCUUCCCUCUCUGCACCCCCCAUCCGCACAGUGGUACACUCGUCUAUCCCAGCCUCUGUGGGGAUGGGGGGUGCAGAGAGGGAAGGCAAAAACCUGUCUCAACCCCUCAGCGUCUGUGCCUCAACCUGUCGGGUUUAGUCUCUUGCUUCCUCACCCUAAGGGGCGUGCACGUCUUUCUCAGUCAGCAGUGACAACUGCCUUCCCCUUUCCCCUCUCCCUUUCACCCUCUCCGCUUCCCCCUCUCCCCUUCCCCCUCUCCGCUUCCCCCUCUCCCCUUCCCCCUCUCCGCUUCCCCCUCUCCCCUUCCCCCUCUCCGCUUCCCCCUCUCCCCUUCCCCCUCUCCGCUUCCCCCUCUCCCCUUCCCCCUCUCCCCCACCAGUACGACUCCCCUCUGUGCCUCAACCUCUCGGGCUUGUUGCUGUUCUUCCUCCUCCUGAGGGGUGCACAUGUCUCUGUGGCAGUGCUGUGCCGGCUUGCUGCUAUUCUUCCUCGCCCUGAGGGGUUACCACCUGCCGCUGUGCGGCUGUGCCUCAACCCCCACCCCACAGUGCUACACGGCCCUGGGCCUCUUUUUGAGAAUUCUAAAAAACCAGCUACACGGCUUCCCUUGCUUCCUUACCCUGAGGGGCCUCCCUUGCUUCCUUACCCUGAGGGGCACCCACGUCUCUCCCGCAACACGCGCUGCCUUCCCUCUCUGCAACCCCCGCCCCCACAGUACUACACGCUUCUGUGCCUCAACCUGCCGGCAAAUCUCGCUUCUCCUUUCAGUCCUCUUCCUCCACCCACCUCUGCACUCCUCUUCCUCACACUAAGGGAUGUGCAUGCCUCUCUGGCCGUGGCAGUGCAGUGCCGGUCAGCAACCACCACUGCCUUCCCCCUCUCCCCGAAACAAACAACACAACCCCCCCUCCGCUUCCCCCCUUCCCAGUACUACGUGCCUCUCUGCCUCAACCUCUCUGGUUUAGUCCUCUUCUUCCUCACAUUAAGAGGCGUGCAUGUCUCUGUGGCCGUGCCGGUCAGCAACGGGGCUACCUUUGCCUUCAACGCAGCAGCUGCCUAUGCGUUUGGGGAGAAAAUACAACUAUACUAUGUGCCGCUGUGCCUCAACCUCUCGGGUUUGGUCCUCUUCUUCCUCACAUUAAGAGGCGUGCACGUCUCUGUGGCAGUGCCUGUCAGCAACGGUGCCACCUUUGGCUUCAACGCAGCAGCUGGCUAUGCGUUUGGGGAGAAAAUACAGCCAUACUACGUGCCUCUGUGCCUCAACCUCUCGGGUUCGGUCCUCUUCUUCCUCACCCUACGAGGCGUGCACGUCUCUGUGGCAGUGCCGGUCAGCAACGGGGCCACCUUUGCCUUCAACGCAGCAGCUGGCUGUGCGUUUGGGGAGAAAAUACAGCCAGCGUUAGCAUUGGGGGGUGUAUCGCUGGCUGUGCUAGGCAUUGCCUUGUGUGUAUAG